AUGUUGCACCAAAGAUCAACAUCGACACCAGCAGCAACAUCAAUAUCAACACUAGUGGCGACAUCAACAUUCCGAGCACUGACGCCAUCUUGCAACGGACAUCAACAUAUCAACAGCAGCAGCAACAACGUCAACAUUCACCAAGGCAGAAGCAACACCAACACCAACACCAACACCACCACCAACACCAACAUGAGCUCCGAUAAUUUUCAGUGGGGAUUUUCCUUAGAAAAUGCCUGGGAAGAGGCUUCCAAGUAA